AUGUCUUCUGGAGAGUAUUUGGACAAUGAUAAUGACAUCACGGAGACAUGUAAAGAUUUCCCUCUAAAUCCUAUUGAACCAUCAACAUCUAAAAUCAUUCCACCUCAGCGAAUUACGAUAGACCGUUCAGGAGGUAGCCUGAUAUGGUGGAUCCUUGCUGCCGCUUUGACACUGAUGAUCAUCGGAGUAAUAUUCAUGGCGAUUUUGUUUCGAAGACGGGAAUUUGGAUAUAAUGAAUGGAAACGCAGGAAGUCUUUGCUUGGUACUUCGAAGGUGGUACAUAAUGAACUGUACAAUCCCAAUGCACUUGAUAACGAGACUGUUCCACCAUCACCGGCUAAAAGCAAGAUACGAAAAAGUCUAUUCACGUCCAGCAAGAGAAAAAAGAGUACUGCGACCCCACCUUCCAUAUCAUCAAAGGAAUACGAUGUAUCUGGAAAUGAAAAUCCAAAUGCUGUAUAUGCAGUGGUCAAGAAGAAGUCCAUGAAAAAGGGGAAGUUAAAUUCUUCAAGUACAUCUGUUAGUGAAAACUCAAUGUCACCAACUCCAAAUAUGGCCAAUGUUGCCACAGAAUCCGGACAAGCCCCACAGCCUGCGAAAAGUGAUAGUGCGAGUGAGACACAAUUUAAUUUUCUGUAUGAUUCAUUUCUGAAGUCGACGGCAAAUACCAAUCGGGAUAAUACAUACAACCAUCUAGAACCAAGUAAUGGUAAAUUAGGGGAAGGCUGAUAGAGGAUCAUUUAGUCACCAAUUGAUUGUCCUUCAGUCGAACAUUUCUGUUAGGACUGUCUACGUCGACUGACUAUUUGGUCAUGUUAAGAAGUCUAAAGCCGUUUUCUUUACAAUCAAAUAUAACGUGAGGACACAGAGACCCGUGUUAGAAAUGGGCAAUAAGCUAGAUUGAUAUUCCGGGAUAAAGAAGUGAUGACGAAAUAUCGGUUUCUCCUAGAUUGUCACAUGCUAGUGUUUAUCCAUAUCCUUUAAAGGGACAUCACGGUAAAAACGUUGUUAUUUUCAUUGAAUGUACGUAUUUUGUUUCUUUCCAGUUAUGUUUCUGUGCCACCCAAUAUUCACAAUCGAUCCCUAUGUCCAGCUUGACCAUUCGAUUUAGUUGGGAAUCCCCCUCUAAAUUUAGCGCGGAAAUUAUUUUUGAAUCAUCACGUGACUGUUUUGAA